AUGCUUCUGCCCGUGGUCCUUGCCUCUGCCCUGCUCCUCGCCUCUGUGGCCAGCCAGAGGUGUUCCACCUUCCCAGGGCCCCAUGAUGUCACGAGCCUCAUUAACAAACUGCAGGUGACCAAUUGUUUGUGUCUGCCUGUUCCUUCUGACAACUGCACCACACCGUGCUUCCGGGAAGCGCUGUCCCAGAUGACCAACUCCACGGUGCCAAAAAGGUUCCCCGAGGUUUUCAACCGACUAAAAAGAACUGUGGAAAGACUAAGCAGAAACCAGUGCCAGUCUUUUUCCUGUGAGCCGCCAUGUAACCAGACCACAACAGGCAACACGCUGACCUUUCUGAAGAGUCUCCAGGAAGUUUUCCAGAAAGAAAAGAUGAAGCUAGACCACAAGGAAGCCACUGGUGUCCACGUCUUCAAAGAGGAGAUGCUACUGCGGCCUGGAGGAUGA